CAGUCGGGCGGCGGCGCAGGCGGCGGCGGCGGCGGCACAGGGCUCAGCGCACCUCAGCAGCAGCAGCAGCAGCAGCGGUAGGCGAGGCACCCCUGCGGUCACAGCGCCUGCGCUUGGGCAGCCGCCCUCGUUCUCCCUGCUCUUCCUCCCUUCGCUCGCACCAUGGCUGAUCAGCUGACCGAAGAACAGAUUGCUGAAUUCAAGGAAGCUUUCUCCCUAUUUGACAAAGACGGCGAUGGCACCAUCACAACAAAGGAACUUGGAACCGUCAUGAGGUCACUGGGUCAGAACCCAACAGAAGCAGAAUUGCAGGAUAUGAUCAACGAAGUGGACGCUGAUGGUAACGGCACCAUUGACUUCCCAGAAUUUUUGACUAUGAUGGCUAGGAAAAUGAAAGAUACAGACAGUGAAGAGGAAAUCCGCGAGGCGUUCCGAGUCUUUGACAAGGAUGGCAAUGGUUACAUCAGUGCCGCAGAACUACGUCACGUCAUGACAAACUUAGGAGAAAAGCUAACAGAUGAAGAAGUAGAUGAAAUGAUCAGAGAAGCAGAUAUUGAUGGAGACGGACAAGUGAACUACGAAGAAUUCGUACAGAUGAUGACUGCAAAAUGAAGACCUACUUUCAGCUCCUUUUUCCCCCCUCUAGAAGAAUCAAAUUGAAUCUUUUACUUACCUCUUGCAAAAAAAAAAAAAGUUCAUUUACUCAUUCUGUUUCUAUAUAGCAAAACUGAAUGUCAAAAGUACCUUCUGUCCACACACACACAAAAAAUCUGCAUGUAUUGGUUGGUGGUCCUGUCCCCUAAAGAUCAAGCUACACAUCAGUUUUCCGAUAUAAAUACUUGUCCUACCUUAAUGAUAAGUCCACUUAGUGGACUCCUGGCAGGUCCAUCUGCUCAUGAUUAAUACACUGUUUGGGCUGGCCAGUUUUUCAUGCAUGCAGCUUGACAAUUGAGCACAGUCAGGCGUUUGUAUUAAAAAUGGAAAAUGAAAAAACAAAUUUAAAGCCUACUCAAAGGGGUUCUAGUUCAAUUUGUUAGUAUAAAUUGUCAUAGCUGGUUUACUGAAAAGAGACAUUUAAAAUUGGUUUACCUCAGGAUGCUGUGGAGGAUAAACUGUCCAGGCAUAGCCCCACUAGCAGGAUGGCCCUCUUGUAACUUCCCUGUGCCCCGACUGUGGUGACCGUGACACACCCUGGUGGCAUGCCUGCGUGUGUUGGUUUAGUGCUGUUUGCAUUGUUCUAGAGCGGAAUGGGUGUCAGGCUAUCACCAUUCAUACAAAUUUUUAAAAAGAAACCUUUAUCAAGGGAGCAUCUUUGGACUCUCUGUUUUUAAAACCUUCUGAACCAUGACUUGGAGCCAGCAGAGUAGGCUGUGGCUGUGGACUUCAGCACAACCAUCAACAUUGCUGUUCAAGAAAUGACAAUUUAUGUCCAUUCCAAGUUGUAAAUGCUAGUCUUUUUUUUUUUUUUUCC